AGUAAUAAUUCAAAAACAACCAAUAUAUCAAAUGAUCAACCAGAUUUAUCACCAGCAUUGUAUAUCAGUGGUUUAGAGUGGUGGACAAAGGAUCAAGAACUUGAAAAAAUAUUUUCAGAAUUUGGAAAAAUUGUAACAUUAAAGAUCUUUGAAAAUGAAAACAAUGGUAAAUCAAAAGGUUAUGCGUUUAUAGAGUUCCAAAACCAAGACUCUGCUCAACAAGCCAAAUCAAAAUUAGAUAGGAAGUCAAUCAAUGGUAAAGAAAUG